AUAAGACCCCACGUUUGUGCACAAAGCAGUCACUGACGAUGAUGUCUUACUUGUCCAUAAUUUUGGCCUUUGGACUGCUUGCUGUGGUUUUUGGCGCCGAGCCAACUUCCGAGAAGUGUAAAGAGGAAGAAAAACUAGUGCAACAGUGCUUGAAGAAUCUUCCUCGCAGUUACAAAUUAUCGAAUACAGGAUUGAUUCUAGAAAAUAAGGAGUACAAAGAUGAAAGCCAAAAGUGUCUCGAUCAACUGACCUGUGAUCGAUCUAAGAGCGCCUUCAAAGUUCAAGCGGUAACACAAGAAAUUAUGGAGAAAUUUGGAGAGAUAGCCUCCUGCGCCCAUAACGCUUAUCCAAAAGUGAAAGAAAUGUGUGCCAGAAAAACGAAUGCCAGCAAUAAGGACUGCUCGAACUAUGAGGAAAACGUCAAAUGUAUUGAAGAAGAUCUUGCUAAAACCCGUUUCUGCAGUCAACCAGAUAUUGAAAACUUCAAAACAUUUUCCCAUCUAAUUGUUGAAACCUGUAAAGCAACUGUCGAGUAUCAGAAAGCUGCUCAGUAAGGACUAUGUUUUCUAGUAUUUGAUUUUAAGUCCUAAAUUCUUCGAUCAAAUUCCUAUUUUUUUAUUGAUAUUGUAUCUUUCUUAGUUUUGUAUUAUCCUCUUUUCUUUCAAUCAAUACAAUUGGAAAUUUUUUUUUUUUGAAAUAAAUUUUAACAACCUAAUAAU